AUGAGCGGUAGGGUGCAUUCGAAUUUCGCGUUGGCGGUGUUCGGUUGGUUUAUGGUUGGCGACCAAACCAUAGAGGGGAGGUUGUCAAGAAAGAGAAAGAAACUGAAGACUAGCGAAUCCUCAGCGUCGUUGUUUCUCGACGCCAUCGCUGACGAUACAGACGACGUCGUAUGCAAUUUGAUCGACGACAAACCAUCGCUUUGCGACAUUCCCGACAAUUUUAGUCUAAACGGCAAAUAG